UAGUUUCAUUUUCGCUGAAAUAAACCAGGAUACAUUUUACUCUAAAGCUACACACAGAAAAUAACAAAUCUAAUUUAAAAUUUGGAAAAAUCACCAUGGCGUACCAAAUCCAAUUCGCACUUCCAGUUUCUGUUCCAGUUUCAGUAGUUCCUAGAAAAACAGAUCCUCUAAUACAGUGCAUCAUAGACAAGAAGUCAGAGAGAUUUCGAAAAAUAAUCAGAGGCAAAGACAUUAAUGGGCUUUACCCUUCUGAAGCCUGGAAAGAUGACGUUACGCUAUUGUCAGCAGCAGUUAUAUGCAACAAUGAAGACAUCUGUUCAUAUCUCAUUGAAGAGUCUGCUGAUCCUAACAAACACUCAACAAAUGGACUUGUUCCUUUACACCAUGCUGUUAUGACACCUGGAGUUUCUUUGAGUAUAGUAAAAAGAUUACUCGCAGCAAAAGCUGACCCAGAGGGAAAUGAUUUGCCGAUUUUAACUCCACUGCAGUGUGCUGUUGAUCACGAUCGUGAUGACAUUGUGAAAGCACUUCUUGAAGCUGGAGCUACAGCUGUAAGGAACUAUGGAGUAAAUCCAGUGCUUGAUAAAAAAGUGUAUGACAUGAUUCUUCAAUUAUCAUCACAUAAUGGCAACUUUAAAAAAGUACAGAUAUUUUUUUCCUUUUCUUGUGCUGUCCAAAGAAAACACCAGACAGAAGUUUUCAGCAUCUAUAAGGCACAUUUCCAUAAAGAGCAUCCUUUCAUUCAUACAAUUCUGUUUGAGGAUUACUUUGGUGUCAUUGGUUUGGCUGCAGAGGAAUAUCGUCAGAGUGCCAUCAAGUGGUUAAAAGACACAAAGAGUGCAGACAAAUACAUUGAGGAAGUCAUCAAACGCUUUCCAAAAAUAGUGAAAAAUCAUUUGCCAGUUGUGCUGAAUUGCUUAAAUGCUGCUUUGUGUGUCAGUGAAAAGAUUUCUUCUCAGGUAUUCAGUGAUCUUGUACCAAUUCUAAUAAACUGUGUCCAGCUCUCUGGAAAUCCACAGGGAGAACCAGUCAAUCAUUUGAUACUAAAAAUACUCAAAGUCGUAAUGGAAAAGACCUCUGAGCAAAAACUAACCAUAGAUCAUUGUGUAUAUGAGAAAUUAUGCAAAGGUCUACUGCCUCUCACAGAUGACAAGUUUUCAAGUCUAAUCAAUGUUUGGACCUAUGGAGUGUUUGCACAGGUAAAUGACUUUGCUCCAGAAGUUAUUGCAAUGUGUGGAUUGUCAUCGGUACCUGAGAGUAUAGUUAAUGUUGCAGAUAUAGAGAUGGAUGAAUUAAUGAAAAAGAAACUGCGAAAACUGAACACAUCACUUAAACUUCCACCAAGUUUAGCAGUGGAUCAAUUAUGUGAGGAAAGCGUUGUCACCUCUUCAACAAAGAAAAAGAAGAAGAAAAAAAAGAAGAAAAAUCAUCAAGAGUUGGAGUCACAAGAAGCAGAGAAGCAAGAUAAAGUCAAACAAUCAAUUCCAGAUACAAUGACUCCUAUCGAGGAGACAAAUUCAAGUGUGCAGCCCUUCACACCCCCAGUUGAGAACCUACUGGUGCCAAGACCGUGGGUUUCAAUCAGUCAUCGCUGGAUGAAACAUUUUGAAAAACUUGCUAAUAUUGAUGUCAGCAAAACCACUAGACUGCGUAAUAACUUCACUCUUGUACUCAGUGAUGAAUUUAAGAUUGCUAAAGGAAGUGAUGGCACACAAAUUUUUCUUGGUCUGAAGGAUGAUGGUAUGGAGGUCGCUGUGAAACGAAUGCUUAAGUGCAAUUACCCGGACCUCAAGAACGAGAUGGCAUUUUUACGACUUCCAGAACUUUAUAGUACUUCUAUUGUGCAAUAUAUAGACUUUGCAGAAGAUGACAACUUUGGAUAUCUCAUUCUUCAGCUUUGUGAGUACACACUAGAAGAAUACAUCCAAGAUCAUUUACCAUCUGACAGCUCUGAGAGGACUUUUGUUUUGAAAGAGCUUGUGAGGGAAGUGCUGUGCAGCUUACAGGUUAUACACACCCAACGCACUAAAAUACUUCAUCGGGACAUCAAACCUCAGAACGUUCUGAUCGACAUAAAUGGAAAAGCUAGACUGGCUGAUUUUGGCAUAAGUCGUAGACUAAAACCGUGUGAAACCACUUUACGAACAAGCAUCGCUGGAACUAAAUGCUGGAAGGCAAAGGAAACAAUAGAUGUAAAGAGUAACAGUGGGUACAAAAGAUGUUCUGACAUUCAGGUGGCUGGGAUGUUAGUGUAUUACAUCCUCUCUAGAGGACACCAUCCAUUUGGUGAAGAUCCAUUUUGUGAGGUCAACAUACUGCAGGGAAACUACACACUGGAUCAACUGGAAGAUGAUGAUGUAGCAAAGGAUCUUGUGGAGUGGAUGAUCAAUGAAAAUCCAGAAAAGAGACCAACUGUGGAGAAGACACUUGCACACCCCUUCUUCUGGAAUGAUGAAAGGAAGAUGGAGUAUCUGAAAAAACUGGGGAAUCAAAAUGAAGCAGAGAAUUGCCGUAAUGCUGAUGAGGAGCUUCUUCUUGCCAUUGAACGAUGCACAGAGGGGAAAACCUUUUCUCAAUGGAAAACUAAACUUUCCCCUGAGCUUGUUGAGAAACUGGAUGGCAAAAAGAAAUGUUAUCCUGAAAAUACACUGGGCCUGCUGCGUUUUGUACGCAACCUGCACGAGCAUUACUCAGAUGAUGCAGCAAACAUCAACCUAAUGGCUUCAUUCCCUGAUCUGUUCGGAAGUGUGUACAGGUUUGCCAGAGAGAGAGGAUGGCACUCCAGAGCAAAUCUGAAAAAGUUCUUGAACUCAUUUCCAUAGAUUUGACUAUCUUUUUAUUUGAUUUUCUUUUUAAAAAUACUAUACACCACUAUCAGUAAAGAAUGGCAUUUAAGGGGUGCGGGGUAUGUGGGGCCACACACUAUGUUAUCAGUGGUGAUGGAUAAAUGCUUGUAUUUGAAAAUAACAUUUACUGUAUUUAUUAUAUUUAAAUCACAGUUAUGAUUUCACACAGUUUAUUCCAUGUGCUGUAUUGGGAUUUUAUAAAAUGCUAAUCUUCAAUA